AUGCUAUUCAGUGCCAUUCUCAAGCAAGCUGCAACAAGUACUAUUAAAUCGGGCAGUGGAAAUCCACGAUUACGUUUAAGAAAAGCCGCCUUGACUUUGACACCAGCUGCAGUUUCUCGGUUAAAGGACUUGACAGAAGGACCCACACCACAGUACUUGAGAGUAGGUGUUAAACAAAAGGGUUGUUCAGGCAAUUCCUAUGAUUUACAAUUUACUGAAUCCAAAGGAAAAUUCGAUGAAAUUGUGAACCAAGAUGGUGUUACUGUGUUGGUUGAUUCAAAGGCUUUAAUUACAGUGUUAGGCUCCGAGAUGGAUUUUGUUCAAGAUAAACUAUCAGAACACUUUGUGUUCAAUAACCCCAAUGCGAAAGGCACCUGCGGCUGUGGUGAAUCUUUUACCACAGUAUAA